AUGACCCAGAGAAUGCCCACCCCGAUAGAAGACAUUGUGUCGCAAUGUCUUAGAUCUUUCGACCUCAUGGCGAAGGAAGGGGAUAAAGCGCUUCGCACGAGGGUGAUUGAGGCAAAGGCCGCACGGAAAACCUUUGAAUUUCGGGCACUACGGCAGAAGCUCUUCCACUGGGCUUUCGACAGUGACGCUUUCACGAUAAAAAAAAGAAGGCUUGACGACAUUUUGCGGGGGCUUGAAGUUCUUUCUGCAACGGUCAUGCGACAGCUGGAGAUUGUUCGAGACAAUCUACUCCGUGUUGACAGCAAAGGAUACACUUUCUAUGGAAAUGUUGAUGGCGUGUUUGACACGACAGCCCCCUUGUCAGAGAGGCACCGCGCCUUUCUAUCGAAAUGGGAUGACGCGGGUGUGGCAGUCUACCACGCCCUGGAUGAGCUCUGUACUGUAGCUGCCGUCAUCAAAGAGCACUCUGCUGAACUGGUUGAAGCGUUUCUCACUACCAGGCUCUCAGAUGCGGACAAAAGCUUUCAAAGAGACAUUAUGUCAGUGGUGUGUCACAGACUCCCUGCCGCCCGAAAGGAAGCCUGUCAACUAUUGGCGGAUUCCAUAGCCGCCCGACGCAUGCUACUGUUACACAGAAAACAGCUUUCGAGGCGGUCAGCUGUCGGGCGAGCGCAAGAGGCCGUGCCGCUGGUUCCACUAUCAAUGAGGACGGUUGACACAGAAGCGGUCACAUCCAUGACUGACGGUUGCAGGUCAGAAGACGAUUCUGCCGGCUAUCCGCCAUUACCCAAGGCCAAUCCGGGAGAAACACAAGUGCAAUGCCCAUCAUGCUUCACGGCGCUCGAGCGAACGGGCCUAGAGCAAGUUGUUGAGGAGUAUUGGAAACGCCAUAUCGACGAGGAUAUAAAGCCUUACGGUUGUCUUUAUCCCCGCUGCUCUCGGUCCCUCGUCUUUUUUGCUCACCGCCAUGAAUGGGAGUCUCAUAUGAAAUCGAAACACGCAAUCUAUUGGAUGCAAAAUGUUCACACUUUGACGUGGUUUUGCAAUGAAGACCACAAUGAUCCAUUGGCAUUCGAAACUGAGCUCCAAUGGAGAGAGCAUGUGCUAGAUCCUGCUUUGCACCCAGAUAGGGAGGAGCUUCUCAACGAGUCCCAGCUACUUGCUACUCACGUGCGGUAUAAAAACGACGAUAUUCGUGAGAAGUUUGUCUGUCUGCUCUGCGAGUGCAUCCCUGACGAAAUAUCACGGAGAAUUAAAGACGGGUGGGAUUCGCCUCGAAUUCACCGUCUUCUUUUGUCCCAUGUGGCAUGCCACAUCAAGUCAUUGUCUCUACUUGCUGUGCCUUCACCCGACACCGACACCGAGAAAGAGUCUGUUGCCCAGCCCCUUGGCGGUCGAGAUUUGAUGGUACACUCUUCAACGCCGCAAGAACCAUUGCCACGUCGUCAUGCCGGUGGGGUAACCCUGCAUGGAGAUCGUUCCCUGACAGAUCCUAUUCUUGAACAACUCAGAUUUUGCCGGGGCGUUGGACUGAAUAUUGAUGCACACGACGAAGCAGGUCGGACCAUGCUUUCCCUUGCUGCUCAGCUAGGAAACCAAGAAUGGGUUCAUAGAUUGUUAGAUCUGGGUGCAUCUGUCGACCUGGCGGAUCAGGAUGGUCAAACACCAUUGCUAUGGGCAUCAUAUGGUGGUUAUAACGGUAUCGCAAAGCUACUUGUCGAUCACGACGUCAACAUACAUAUUGCAGACAAAAGAUACGGCCGCACCGCUCUAGCUUGGGCAGCUUUCAACGAUCAUGAGACUCUAGUUGCAACGCUCACCGAGGCCGGAGGCAAUCCAGACGCUUUCGACAAUUUCGGUCGCACGUUGCUAGGGCAGGCGGCGGAGGGCGGGGACGAGGGUACUGCGCGUAUCUUGAUGGCUGCAAAUGCCGAUUGCGAAUUGCGAGACUUGAAAUCCGGACGCACUCCUUUGGCAUGGGCAGUAAGCAAAACCCGACCAGAGAUGGUGACGCUCUUCAUAGACCACGGCGUCAAUGUUGAUGCGCUCGACAAGUCACACCGAACACCACUCUCAUGGGCGGCGCGGGGGGGCAAAACAGCUAUCGUGGAGUUGCUCAUAGCUGGUGGAGCGGACAUCGAGUCGCCACACCCCGGAACAUUGCAGACUCCCCUGGCACUGGCAUGCGAGCGAGGCUCCCUAGGAGUAGUCGAGGUUUUACUGGAAGCCGGAGCGAAUGUUGAAGCCACAGACUCGCAAGGGUGGACGCCACUUGACUGGGCUCUUGACAAGGGUCAUGAUGAGGUUGCCAAGCUACUAAACUCUGUCGGAGCUUCAGCAAAGACAUGA